GGGUGGCAGAGCAAGCGAGAGAGAGAGAGAGAGAGAGAGAGAGAGAGAGAGAGAGAGAGAGAGAGAGAGAACUUCAGAGGCAACUGUGUUCAUUGACUGCAAAUGAGCUUGGGGUCAAUCACAUCGGAGGUCCAUUUCAAACAACUGGAGUGGAAUACUGGGACUUUGAUGGGCAUAUAGGGACUUGUUCAGUCAACAACUUCAAUGAAGGUUCAAGUCCUUUAAUAGAAGACAGAGCACCUACUCCGCCACCGACAGACACCAAGAGACUUAAGUGGGAACUAUAAGAAGAGGCUAUAAAGCAAAGGAUUUUUUUCCACCCUUCGCGCUUGCUUCAGACAGCUGAUCUCUGCUUCAUCUGUGGGCAAACCCUAUUGGGGAGAAAAAGAGAGCCAAAGGAGAAAGAAGAACAAGAAGUAGUAGUGGACGCAAAAAGAAGGAAAAAAGAAGUGUGGACGCUGGUUGUGGGGAUGAUGAUGUUGUCGUCUUCUUCCCCUUAGGAUGCAGAACCUGUUGAGCGGUAAGCAACAGCGGUGAGCAGCAGAGGAACCUAGUGGCUGCUCCGUUCCCCGGAGGCUGCCCCGUUACCCCCAGUCCCCCCCUGCCUCUGUGCCUCUCUGCCUGCCUGCCUGGCUGCCUCUCUGCCUGCCUGCCUGCCUGCUUUGCCCCCAUCCCGCCACUGCCUCUCUCCCUGCCUCUGCCCUCCCCAGCAUGUCCCUUGCUGCGCAGCCCUCGGCAGCCCUCGACGUACCGCGACUACCAUGUGGAGAUGGACAGUGAGCGGCGCGUGUCAGGGUAAGGGUGCGUCCUCCGCCCGCUCCAGCCCGCCAGCGCUCCACCACCACCACCACCACCACCACCACCGUGUACUCUCCCUCUCCCUACGGCUGCCUCUGCUGGUGCUGGCACUGGUUUUGCUAGGCUGCACUUCGCCCGUCACCACCACCGCCUGUCACGGCGCCUGCGGCCGGGCGCGCCACCUGCAGCGGACACACAACGCGACGGCGGCGUCCGUGCCGGUCGGGCGGCACGUGCGCAGCUACAACCACCUCCAGGGCGACGUGCGCCGCAGGAAGCUCUUCUCCUUUCAGAAGUUCUUCCUGAGGAUCGACCGACGUGGGAUGGUCAACGGCACCAAGAGCAAGGAUGACCCGCUCAGUAUCCUGGAGAUCACAUCAGUUGAUGUGGGCAUUGUGGCCAUCAGGGGUCUCCACAGUAACUACUACUUGGCCAUCAACAAAAAAGGAGAUCUCUAUGGAGCAAGGGAAUACAGCAUGAACUGUAAACUCAAGGAACGGAUAGAAGAGAACGGCUACAACACUUACGCGUCGGCUGAGUGGAGGAUUAGGAAACGACAAGUGUUUGUCAGCCUGAAUGCAAACGGAAAACCUCUACGAGGAAGAAAGACCAGAAGAAAGAACUCGGCCACACACUUCCUCCCAAUCAUGGUGUGAUCCGUGUAAUAAUCAAUCUCCAAUCAAAAACUGACAUGACUGAGGCUGGAGAGAUAAGAAAACAAAACAAAAAUAUAGUGUACAUCUAUGAGAUUUCUCUCUUACCAGAAGGCACUACUUUGCUGGAAGAAGACUGUUUCUAAACCCAUUUCUAUCAUCCUUUACUUGUUUUGUGAUUCUCUUUGCAUCUGCGGCACAUGGAUGAACUAUGAACACUUUGUGCCAAAUGGUAGGAAAUGAGAGAACAACAAGCAGGUUGAUGAUGGGUUGAUUGUUCCCCUCGGCCUACUGUGAAACACAUUACGUUAUGAACAGUCAUGGUUCAUGAACAAUAAUGUCUUUAAGGUGGCUGUUGAAAAGCAAAGCUGAAUCUCAAAACUGAAGAUGUGUUUAUGUAAUAUCACACUGGCAAAACUAUCCCACAUGCUCCACUGUAAUGAGAUGUAAGGUAUACUUUUGACAUAUAGAUUCAAACUAAAGCAUUUGCAUCAUUUUAACAGUGCUUUUUGACUCCUUUGAUAAAUUAUUUAUUUGUAUAAUAUUUAAGUGGAAAAAACAUGCAAGU